GGCAAAAUAAAUAAUCGAGGAAAAUACAGCUUCAGGAAUCUCUCUCCCUCUCUUCUUCCCAUCGCUCUCGUCGUCUUCGCAAAUCUCCUCGCUCAGCCUUAGGGUUUCACCAUCCCGUCCGCUGCAUUGUCUGCUUCCUUGCUUCGGUGUUCAUCUGGUAAUCCAAUGGACAACUUCUCUUUCUAAUCCUAUUUCAGUUCUUUCCUCCGCCCCUCGAUUCCUAGGGUUUACUUCGAAGUUCUCUUUCCCUUUCUCGUCAUUUUGGUUUUUGUUCCCGCGCAUUGCUUCGAUUGCGGAGUGCUUGCUACUGCUUCGAGUUUCCCCUUCGCUGCAGUUACCUCAUCGCGUUUUCGAGUUUGUGUAUCUAUCCUCUUAAUUAGGAUUGAUUACUGUUCAGUUUGACGGUUAUAGGGUUUCGCAGCUCCAACACACUAUUGGAUUGUGUAUUCUUUUGAACUUGGUUCGUUUCGGCGGGGUUUUGGAGUUCUCGAUUCAAUCUGUCCCUCGUUUUUCUUCCUUCGUGUGAUCGGUUCCUAUAUGAGUUCCAAUUCGUGAUUGAACGUCGUUACUCUGUAUUGGGGAUUGUUCUUGGUUUGUAUUGAUUGAUAUGGUAUGGUUAGGGUUCUGAUUCCUUUUGGUUCCACGUUUCCUUGGCAGAAGUUGGGCUGUACAAUGGAGCGUAAGGUGAUUGAACUUGACCAGGGAUGGGACUACAUGCAGAAGGGGAUCACGAAGCUGAAGAGGAUUCUGGAGGGAUCGGUUGAGCAAUUCAAUUCCGAGGAAUAUAUGAUGCUUUACACAACUAUCUAUAAUAUGUGUACACAGAAGCCUCCUCAUGAUUACUCUCAGCAGCUUUAUGAUAAAUAUAAGGACUCGUUUGAAGAAUACAUUAGUUCCACUGUACUGCCAGCUAUUAGGGAGAAGCAUGACGAGUUUAUGCUGAGGGAACUUGUGAAAAGAUGGGCCAAUCAUAAACUCAUGGUUAGGUGGCUGUCUCGGUUCUUCCAUUAUCUUGAUCGUUACUUCAUUGCUCGGAGGUCACUUCCAGCACUUAAUGAAGUUGGCCUUACCUGCUUCCGCUCUCUGGUGUAUACGGAAAUAAGUGGCAAAGCCAGAAAUGCUGUCAUCGUUCUUAUCGAUAAGGAACGUGAGGGAGAGCAAAUUGACAAAGCUCUGUUGAAGAAUGUCUUGGACAUUUUUGUCGAGAUUGGGAUGGGGCAAAUGGAUUGCUAUGAGGUUGAUUUUGAGGCCCCUAUGCUGGAAGAUACAGGUGUGUACUACAGCCACAAGGCAUCAAACUGGAUUGUGGAUGACUCUUGUCCAGCAUACAUGUUAAAGUCCGAGGAAUGCUUGAAGAAGGAAAGAGACAGAGUUGCACAUUAUCUGCACUCAAGCAGCGAGACGAAAUUAGUAGAGAAAGUACAACAUGAACUGCUAGUGAACUUCUCCACUCAGUUGCUUGACAAGGAGAAUUCUGGGUGUCGUGCUUUGCUGAGGGAUGACAAGGUCGAUGACCUUUCCCGGAUGUAUAGGCUUUAUCAUAAGAUACCUAAAGGCCUAGAUCCUGUUGCAACCAUAUUCAAGCAGCACAUUACUGCCGAAGGGAUGUUACUGGUACAGCAGGCUGAAGAUACUGCGAGUAACCAGGUGGUUCAGGCCACAAGUGGUGGUGUUCAAGAACAGGUGCUGAUAAGGAAGGUGAUUGAGCUCCAUGAUAAGUAUCUCGCUUACGUGAGCGAUUGUUUCCAGAACCAUACUCUGUUUCACAAGGCUAUGAAAGAGGCGUUUGAAAUCUUCUGCAAUAAAACUGUUGGUGGAAGUCCUAGUGCUGAACUUCUGGCAACAUUCUGUGAUAACAUCCUCAAGAAAGGAGGCAGUGAGAAACUUAGUGAUGAAGCUAUUGAGGACAUAUUGGAGAAGGUCGUCAAGCUGCUUGCAUAUAUUAGCGACAAGGACUUGUUUGCUGAGUUCUAUAGGAAAAAGCUUGCUCGUCGCCUGCUCUUUGAACGCAGUGCUAACGAGGAGCAUGAGAAGAGCAUUCUGACGAAGCUUAAGCAGCAAUGUGGUGGACAAUUUACUUCAAAGAUGGAAGGAAUGGUCACUGAUUUGACACUGGCAAAGGAUAAUCAGAACGAGUUUGAGAAUUAUCUUUCUAAUAACCCAAAUGCGCAUCCGGGUAUCGACUUGUCAGUCAAUGUUCUUACAACUGGAUUCUGGCCAAGCUACAAGUCUUCUGAUUUGAACCUUCCUUCGGAGAUGGUUAGGGGCGUUCAAGUAUUCAAAGAGUUCUACGACACAAAAAGUAAACAUAGGAAGCUAACAUGGAUUUACUCCCUUGGGUCUUGUCAACUAAUCGGCAACUUUGAAGCCAAAAAAAUUGAGAUGGUUGUCUCAACUUAUCAGGCUGCCAUACUUCUAUUGUUCAACACCUCAGACAGGCUCAGCUACUCUGAGAUUAUGACCCAGUCAAACUUGGGUCAUGAUGACUUGGUCCGAUUGCUGCAUUCUCUGUCAUGUGCCAAAUACAAGAUCCUUAUUAAGGAACCAAGUUCAAAGACGGUUUCCCCGAAUGACAUCUUCGAGUUCAACCCGAAGUUCACCGACAGAAUGAGGAGGAUCAAGAUUCCACUUCCAGUUGUGGAUGAAAGGAAGAAGGUUGUUGAAGAUGUUGACAAGGACAGGCGAUAUGCAAUAGAUGCAGCCAUCGUUCGCAUAAUGAAGAGCAGGAAGGUUCUUGGUCAUCAGCAGUUGGUCUCGGAGUGUGUGGAGCAGCUCAGCCGCAUGUUCAAGCCGGACAUCAAAGCUAUCAAGAAGCGGAUGGAAGACUUGAUUGCCCGAGACUACUUGGAGAGGGAUAAGGAGAACGCCAACCUGUUUAGGUAUCUGGCUUAAAUAACGGCAGCUGAUCUCCUCUGCAAGAGGAUAUCAGCAUCUUUGCCGGAGACGAUAUGAAGAAGCGAGAGGGAUGGAUGGAUGGAUAUCGGAACAAGCGAGGGAGCUCUGAACAGUGCUUCAUAUAUAGUUCAAGAUUGACUUGUUCUUAAUUACCAAAAAAAAUUGCUUGAUGUAAAUGGCUGUAGUAGGAAAGUGCCCUCUUUCUUUCUAGGGUAAACAGACUAGAAAUCUACUGGGAAGGAUUUCUUCUUUUGAGUGCCUAGCUUCUUUGACAAGCAGUUUUGUGAGAUAGGUCCUUCCUACUUAUCUCUCUCCCUUCUACCUUGAUUGGUUGCAGACAUAUUGAUGGCGCAAAAUAUGUUGAUAUGGAAAAUGGAAAACUGGGGGAAGAAAUUCAAGUAUAUUUUUCCAAUCUCAGCUUUUCCUCGUAUAUGUUACUUUUAUCAUGGGUUACUCUUUCCUGGUUUGUCCUGUUCUAGUGACGGUGUUAGAAUUUUCUUUUGGUAGGCUUGUGCUACCAUCCUGUCCUGUGUACAAUUUGGGAAUGGAGAGCCGUAAUUAGCAACGACAAAACAACUCGCCCCGAGUAACUGUAAACAUUACCAUUUCGAGACAUUAUAGUUUUGGGGUCGAUCCCGUUAACAAAGAAGGAAAUCUGUU